AUGCAUGCUGUUAUUGAUGAAGAUGUGUGGUAUUUUAGGAAGAAUUUCUCAAUUCGUCAAUUUCGUUGUCCUGCUGAGGAGACUGUUGCUUCAAAGAUUGCUAUUGAGAUGAUCUUAAGAUGUUCACAUUUGGAUAACAAGGACAUUUUCUCAAAAUCUGAUCCCUUUUUAAGAAUAUCAAGAGUAGUUGAGAGUGAAGGUUCUGUUCCAAUUUGCAAGACUGAAGUUAUUAACAACAAUUUGAAUCCAAAAUGGAAACCAGUCACCCUUAGUUCCCGUCAGUUUGGAAGUAAAGAAAAUCCAUUACUCAUUGAGUGUUUUGAUUUCAAUAGCAGUGGUGACCAUGUGCUUAUUGGUAAACUGAGAUCAUCAAUAGCAGACCUAGAAAGGCUUAACAAAGAGAGAACAGGCACAAAUUUGUUCAUACCAUCCACACACCACAGAAAAGAAGAGAAGAUGCUGAAGGGUCAACUUUUUGUGGAUCAAUAUUGUGAAAGGGAGCAAUUCAGCUUUAUUGAUUAUGUAUCCAGUGGAUUUGAACUGAACUUCAUGGCUAUAAUGGAGGUUGGGGAGGUUAUUCAGUUCUAUGACUCUGAUAGGAAGUUUCCUGCUUGGGGAUUUGGAGGAAGCACAGCUGGUGCCGUUUCCCACUGUUUUAAUCUGAAUGGUAGUCCGAGAGACUCCGAGGUUGUAGGAGUUGAAGGCAUAAUGGAAGCAUAUGCAACUGCUCUGCACAAUGUCACACUCUCAGGACCCACUUUAUUUGGUCCAGUUAUCAACACUGCUGCAGAAAUGGCUGCCCAAGAUAACAAUGAAGAUUAA